AUGAUCGCGCUUGAUGAUCUAGCGUCAUCACGAGCGACAUCAAGCGGGAACGAGGUGGGCAACACGGAGGGUCAAGAAAGCGGCUCGGACUUCGACGAGAUGGAGUUGACGAGGCGGCCUCCUGUGUGCAUGUAG